UGACCACUAGGCAAGUACUCUGCUCGCUGCGACUAUGCACCCCUCUCAGUCACCGAGAUUCACUGGAGAGGGACGUGGUUCUGUAAUACCCAAAUAAGAAGACACACUAUAUCUCUUGGAUACGCUGUUUGUUAAAGGCCCUGGAGAUGUUUUUUGAGGUUCGCAAAUGACACAGACUGCAAACUUGUCGCGGCUUGGACAACUUGCAACGUCAACAACACAUUCUCAGUUUCAACUCCAUCCGUUGGAUAUCUAGCUAGCUAUUGUUGAAGGGUCAUUUCAAAAGAGUGAAGAAGGAUGACACUAAAAGCCAAGCUGUGCUCCGUAUCUCUGGGAGUGGAAGGAAUGACGUGUGGCUCCUGCGUGCAGUCAAUAGAACAACGCAUAGGGGGUCUUCCUGGAAUCAUACACAUCAAGGUGUCCCUGGAGAUGAAGAACGCCAGCAUCAUCUUCGACCACAACCUCCAGAGCCCACAGUCCCUGGCUGAGGCCAUUGACGACAUGGGCUUUGAGUCCCCCCCCACAGAGUCCUCCAGCAGCAUCUCCCUCGUUCUCACAGACACCCAGCUCAUCCCCUGCCCCGGCCUGACCCGCGAGGCCCAGCAAGAGGCCUGGGCGAGGCUCUCCCACGUCCAGGGGGUCCUGGAGGUCCGGCAGUGCCAGGACCAGGGGGGGCUGUCCGUCACCUUCGUUCCGUCCCUAACCAGUGCUCUGCUCCUGGGGGAGGUUGUGAGCAGCCUGGCCCCCCUGGAGAUCUACACGUCCACAUCCGGGAGUCCCACAGAGAGAGCUCCCACCCCGGCCCUGGCCCCUAUCCCAGCCCCAGGUUCAACCCCAGCCCCAGCCUCGGCUCGCAGCCCAAACAGCGGAGGGGGGGUGGAGCUGGUGAAAAUGCGUAUCGAGGGGAUGGUCUGUCUCUCCUGCACCACCACCAUCGAAGGAAAGAUCGGGAAACUUAAAGGGGUUAAAAAGAUCAAAGUGUCCCUGGAGUCUCAAGAGGCAGCCGUCCUCUACCUGCCCUACCUCGUCACCGUGGACGACAUCAUCAGCCAGAUCGCCGUGGUGGGCUUCAAGGCCGUCGUCAAGUCCAAGCCCCGCCCCCUGCAGCUGUCGGCCAGCGAGAUGGAGCGGUUGCUAGGCGCCUCCGGCAAACCGGCGCCGCCCCUGUCGCCGGUGUCGGACGCGUCGGGGGAGACGGAGAUCUUCAUCGACUCGGCGCUGAGCAGCUUCACGGUGACGGGGAUGCACUGCCGCUCCUGCGUGGUCAACAUCCAGGACAACCUGGCCAAGCUGCACGGGGUCUCCUCUGUCCAGGUGUCUCUGGAGAAGGAGUGUGCCUCGGUCUGCCAUGACCCCCUCCUGGUGACCGUGACCCAGCUCCAAGAGGCCAUCGAGGCCCUGCCACCCGGCUCCUUCAAGGCUCAUCCCAGGGACGCCUCCGGGGCCUUCAGCCCCACCCCCGCGUCCUCCACCCCGGUCAUCUCACCUCCUCCUGGGGUAGCGCUGGCUCCCCAGCCCUGCUUCAUCCAGCCCCUGGUGGUGGUCACCCAGAUCCACAUAGAGGGGAUGACCUGCAACUCGUGUGUCCAGUCCAUCGAGGGCAUGAUCUCCCAAAGAAAGGGUGUGCGGUCGGCACAGGUGUCCCUGGCCAAUCACAGCGGGACGUUUGAAUACGACCCACUCUUGACAACUCUGGAGGAGCUGAGAGAUGCCAUAGAGGACAUGGGCUUCGACGCCUUCCUGCCUGAGACCAACUCCCUGGUGCCCCUGCCGGAGCGCAGCGCCGCCUCCUCCCCCGCCUCCGCCCCGGGGAAGGAGGCGGGGCUGGACAGCGACCCGGAGAGGAGCGCCUCUCGCGGGGGAAAGGAGCGCCCCCCCUGCCUCUCCAAGUGCUUCAUCCAGAUCGGGGGGAUGACCUGCGCCUCGUGCGUGGCCAACAUCGAGAGGAACCUGAAGAACGAGCACGGUAUCUACUCGGUGCUGGUGGCUCUCAUGGCCAGCAAGGCAGAGGUGAGGUACGACCCUGACGUCAUGGACCCUCUGAAGGUAGCAGAGUGCAUCAGAGAGCUGGGGUUCACUGCCACUGUCAUGGAGGACUACGAAGGCUCCGACGGAAGCCUGGAACUGGUGGUUAGAGGGAUGACUUGUGCCUCAUGUGUUCACAAGAUAGAGUCCAACCUGGUGAAGCAGGAAGGAAUCCUUUAUGCCUCCAUUGCCUUGGCAACCAACAAGGCCCACAUCAAGUACGACCCUGAGGUGACGGGCCCCCGUGAUGUCAUCAGGCUGAUAGAGAACCUGGGCUUUGAGGCUUCUCUGGUGAAGAAGGAUCGCUCUGCCAGCCACCUGGACCACAGGCGCGAGAUACGACAAUGGAGAAGGUCGUUCCUGAUCAGCCUAGUGUUCUGCGUGCCUGUGAUGGCUAUGAUGACCUACAUGAUCAUCAUGGACCACCAGGUCAGCUCCUCUCACCAGCACAACGCCUCAUCAGAGGACGUGGAACACCACCACUCCGGAAUGUUCCUGGAGAUACAGCUACUGCCUGGCCUGUCCAUCAUGAACCUGCUGUCCUUCCUCUUCUGCGUUCCUGUGCAGUUCAUCGGAGGGCGUUACUUCUACUCUCAAGCCUACAAGGCUCUGAAACACCGCACAGCCAACAUGGACGUCCUGAUCGUGCUGGCCACCUCCAUAGCCUUCACCUACUCCCUGGUCAUCCUCAUGGUGGCCAUGGUGGAGGCAGCCAAGGUCAACCCCAUCACCUUCUUCGACACCCCGCCCAUGCUCUUCGUGUUCAUCUCCCUGGGCCGGUGGCUGGAGCAGAUCGCCAAGAGUAAGACGUCUGAGGCCCUGUCCAAGCUGAUGUCCCUGCAGGCCACCGAGGCCACUGUGGUCUCUCUCAACAGUGACAUGUCCGUCCUAAGUGAGGAGCAAGUGGAUGUGGAGCUGGUCCAGAGGGGGGAUGUGGUCAGGGUGGUGCCCGGGGGGAAGUUCCCUGUGGACGGGAGGGUCAUCGAGGGACACUCCAUGGCAGACGAGUCCCUCAUCACCGGUGAAGCCAUGCCUGUCACCAAGAAGAUUGGCAGCUCGGUGAUCGCCGGCUCCAUCAACCAGAACGGCUCCCUCCUCAUCAGCGCCACCCACGUGGGUAUGGACACCACCCUGUCCCAGAUAGUCAAGCUGGUGGAGGAGGCCCAGACCUCCAAGGCUCCGAUCCAGCAGUUUGCAGACCGGAUCAGCGGGUACUUUGUCCCCUUCAUCGUGGGCGUGUCCCUCCUCACGCUGUGCGCCUGGAUCCUGAUUGGCUUUGUGGACUUCCCCCUGGUGGAGAAGUACUUUCCUGGCUAUGAUAAAAGCAUCUCCAAGGCAGAGGCUGUGAUCCGUUUUGCCUUCCAGGCCUCCAUCACGGUGCUGUGCAUCGCCUGCCCCUGCUCCCUGGGCCUGGCCACGCCCACGGCCGUCAUGGUGGGCACAGGGGUGGGGGCGCAGAACGGAAUACUCAUCAAGGGUGGGGAGCCCCUGGAAAUGGCCCACAAGAUCCAGCUGGUGGUGUUUGACAAGACGGGCACCAUCACCUACGGAGCGCCCAAGGUGGUGCAGGUCAAGCUGCUGGUGGAGGGGAACAGGAUGCCCCGCACUCGCCUGCUGGCCAUCGUGGGAACUGCAGAGAACAACAGCGAACACCCGCUGGGAGCGGCCAUCACCAAGUACUGCAAGCAGGAGCUGGAGACGGACUCCCUGGGUGCGUGUUCAGACUUCCAGGCGGUGCCGGGCUGUGGUGUGCGCUGCCAGGUGAGCAACACAGAGACCCUGCUCCGGCAGGGCGACAGCGACAGCGAGGACUACAACCAGCGCAACGGCGUCCUGGUCCAGAUCAGCGACCCCAGGGCCUCCGCAGGCUCCCACCCCCUCAUCAUGGACCCACAGCCACUCACUCUGGUGCAGACAGCAGCCUACGUGGUCCUGAUAGGGAACAGAGAGUGGAUGAAGAGGAACUGCCUGCAGGUGACGGAGGACGUGGACGAGGCCAUGACGGAGCACGAGCGGAGGGGCCGUACGGCCGUGCUGGUGGCCGUGGAUGGGCUGCUGUGCGCCAUGAUAGCCAUCGCUGACACGGUGAAGCCGGAGGCGGAGCUGGCCGUCCAAACGCUGACCGCCAUGGGCCUGGAGGUGAUUCUGAUGACCGGGGACAACAGCAGGACGGCCCGGGCUAUCGCUGCCCAGGUGGGCAUCAAGAAGGUGUUUGCGGAGGUGCUUCCCUCCCACAAGGUGGCCAAGGUGGAGCAGCUGCAGCAGGCGGGGAAGAGGGUGGCCAUGGUGGGCGACGGGGUCAACGACUCGCCCGCCCUCGCCAUGGCAGACGUGGGCAUCGCCAUAGGAACCGGCACGGACGUGGCCAUCGAGGCGGCAGAUGUGGUGCUCAUCAGGAACGAUCUUCUGGAUGUGGUGGCCAGCAUCGACCUGUCCAAGAAGACCGUCAGGAGAAUCAGGAUCAACUUUGUGUUUGCGCUCAUUUACAACCUGGUGGGGAUCCCCAUCGCAGCAGGUAGGGAGCAGCAGACUCACUGCUUCUCAUGAUCUCUCCUCACUGGCUGUCUGGGCCAGGUGGCUGGUGGCCCUCUACUGGGAAGAAAGACAAGGUGCAGGAGGAGGAGGAGGCUGUUGUCACUGAGUAUUGAUCAGCAGUAGAGCAUUUGACAU